CAGGUCAUGUUGCCCCCAUCGCUCUUCUGCCCCAGCGCACAGUGCCAGCGGGACGAUUUGGAGACAUGGCACCGAAAAUCACUGGAUACAAGACGCAUGACAUCCGUUUCCCCACAUCGCUGAGCGGUGAUGGCACGGACGCCAUGAACACGGACUGCGACUACUCGUCCGCCUACGUGAAGCUCCUCACCGACUCGGACCUCACCGGGUUCGGCAUGACGUUCACGAUCGGCCGCGGGAACGACAUCGUGUGUAUGGCGAUCGAGGAGCUCGCGAAGCGCCUCGUCGGCAAGGACGUCGAGGAGAUCUUCGCGAACAUGGGCAAGACGUGGGACUAUCUGUCCGCGGACUCGCAGCUGCGAUGGAUCGGACCGGAGAAGGGCGUGAUCCACAUCGCGCUGGGUGCCGUGGACAAUGCGCUCUGGGACAUGUUUGCGCGGUCCCGGAACAAGCCUCUCUGGAAGCUAGUCGUUGACAUGACACCUGAAGAGAUUGUGAACGCUACUGCGUUCCGCUACAUCACCGACGCGAUCACGCGCGAGGAAGCACUCGCCAUGCUCAAGGAGAAGGCAGCCACCCGCGCAGAACGCGAGGCCAAAGUGCGCGAGCUCGGAUAUCCCGCCUACGUCACCUCCGCCGGCUGGCUCGGGUACAGCGACGAGAAGGUCGCGCGUCUUACGCGCGAGGCCGUUGAGGCCGGCUUCAACCACUUCAAGAUGAAGGUCGGUGCGGACCCCGCGUCGGACUUGCGCCGCGGAUCCAUCAUCCGUUCCAUCAUCGACGACCCCCAGUACCUUCCCGCGGGGCUCAAGCCGAGAGACCCGAAUGGGCCCGACUUGGUUGGCAAGAACGCAGGGCCGACCGGGAGCGUGCUCAUGAUCGACGCAAACCAGGUCUGGGACGUCCCGCAGGCCAUCGAAUACGUGAAGACCCUGGAAGCGAUCAAGCCUUGGUUCAUCGAGGAGCCCACCGCGCCUGAUGAUAUCCUUGGCCACGCUGCGAUCCGGAAGGCCCUCAAGCCCUACGGCAUCGGCGUCGCGACGGGCGAGCACGCACACAACCGCAUGGUGUUCAAGCAGCUCCUGCAGGCGGAGGCCAUCGACGUCUGCCAGAUUGACUCGUGCCGUCUCGCUGGCGUCAGCGAGGUGCUGAGUGUCCUGCUCAUGGCUGCUAAGUUUGGCGUUCCCGUGUGCCCUCAUGCGGGUGGUGUCGGCCUCUGCGAAUACGUGAUUCAUCUGAGCCUCAUCGACUAUAUCGCUAUUUCCGGGACGAUGGAGCGCAAUGUGUUGGAAUUUGUAGACCACUUGCAUGAACACUUCCUCUACCCUUGUUCCAUCAAUAAGAACGGGCGAUACAAUGUCCCCAGCAACGCGAAGGAGGGCUACAGCAUCGAGGUGCACGAGGCGAGCAUCACCGAGUACGAAUAUCCGAAUGGGUCGUACUGGAAGAGCGUGAAGGCGUAGCGACAGUCGCAUAGGCACCCGCGCGAUGCUCCAACGCACGUUAAUCGGACGAGCUGCGGGCGGUGCGCGCGAGCAGUCAUAGGGGUGAUCGCCAGCAGCGCAGUAAGGACGGGAAGUCUUUAACGACCCGAAUCCGAUGUAUGUAUCAUAGGCCAUAGCACGAGCCCAAAUCCGGAUUCAUUUGCCCCCGUUCGGGCUGCGGCAGCGCCGGACGGUCGCC